GGUUGUAUUUUAUUGGCCUGGGCUCUCACGUUUGGCUGUUUGUCGCUGUAUUUGUUGUGUAAAAUGUUUCCGCUUCAGAACUGACGACCAAAAGUUUUAUGCUGCUUUGGAUUUUGUACUUGGACUUGAAACACUUACCUUUGGCUUUAAACCUAGUUACUGUAGACGGGGAAAUGAAUUUCGAUCAGCUGUUGGCGGAGGUCGACGGCUUUGGGAGAUAUCAGAAGAUUCUGUAUGUGUUGAUUAGUCUCCCACAAAUCUUCCUGGCCUUUCAUAUGAUGGCAAGCAUCUUCACAGGCUACACUCCAGCACAUCAGUGCCGGAGCUCGGCUGCUGAACACUGGAACUCCAACGUGUCUGUAAACUACAGCGACUCGUGCAGCAUCCCAUCCGCACAGAACCGGACUGAGGACCUCUGUCCACACGGAUGGGUUUACAGCCGAGACGUAAUCCACACUAGCACUGUCACUGAGUGGGAUCUUGUCUGUGACAGGGCAACUCUAAACAGUCUUGGUUCUUCCAUGUAUAUGCUGGGAUUGCUUGUGGGAGCUAUUGUCUUUGGAUCUAUGGCUGACAGGUUGGGAAGGAGGUUUGCCCUGCUCUUGUCUCUGGCCCUACAGACAGUGUUUGGGGUGGCUGCUGCCUUUGCUCCAAACUACCUGGUGUAUGUGACUCUUCGCUUCAUCAUAGGUACCUCCAUCUCAGGCAUCAUCAUCAAUGCUUUUGUGUUGGGCACAGAAUGGACGUCUACAAAUAGACGUAUGCUGGCUGGAAUCAUAACGGAUUAUUUAUUUGGGUUUGGUUAUAUGCUGCUGGCUGGUGUGGCUUAUUUUAUUCGAAGCUGGAGGUAUCUGCAGCUCGCCAUCUCAGCACCAGGUUUCCUCUUUAUUUUCUACAUCUGGGUUCUUCCUAAUUCAGCUCGUUGGCUGUUGGUAAAUAACAGAAAAGAGGAAGCUCUAGUUCUUCUACGGAAAGCAGCUAUAAUGAAUGGUCGUCCCUUGCCUACUACAGUGCAGUUAGACAACUGUGAGGAGAUGCAGGGGAGGAAUAGGUACUCUGCUUUAGAUCUAGUCCGUACCCCCCAGAUGAGGAAACGAUCUUUUAUCCUGUUCUACAUCUGGUUUGUUACCGUGUUAGUGUAUUAUGGUCUGUCUCUGGGUGUAUCAGACCUGGGCACAAACCUUUACCUCACUCAGUUUCUGUUUGGUUUGGUGGAGAUCCCCGCGAGGUCAGUGGUUUUGCUCUUCCUCCCCUACAGCCGUCGGAUCUCACAGAGUGUGUUCCUUGCCAUGGGGGGUACUGCCUGCCUCCUCAUGCUCAUUGUACCAGAAGAUAGACCUAAUGUACGGGCUGCUGUGGCUAUGACUGGAAAAUUUGGGAUCACAUCCUCUUUUGCUAUCAUCUAUAUUUAUACAGCUGAGCUCUUCCCAACAGUGCUUAGACAGACAGGAAUUGGUUUGUCCUCCAUGUUGGCACGAAUUGGUGGAGUUUUAGCACCAAUGAUAAACCUGCUUGGAGAGAGUAACUCGGCUUUGUCCACGGUAAUAUUUGGCUUUGCCCCUCUGCUGGGUGCAGCUCUUGCAUUGGGCCUGCCAGAGACAGCCAAUAAACCACUUCCUGAUACCAUUCAAGAUAUCCAAGAUGCUGAGAGGUUUACUCCAGAGAAUAAUGACAGAAAUUUCCCUGUAGACACCGUCCAGUCUCCAAACACCACAGAGGCACAGGAACUACAGUGCUUCACAAACAAGUCUCCAUAGACUUACAUGUGCCUGCAUGCACAAACACAAACACUUCACUUCUUUCUAACCUUUGGGUUUCAGAUCAGAAUAUGCAACCAAUUCAUUUACAGUUUUACAUGUAACACUGUGACAAAUAUUUGUACAUUUGAAAUAUUUUUAAUGGUUUCAUCUUUGGUCAAGGUCUGUUUGGGACAUAUUUUUAUAGCUUCAUGCUGAGAAAGCAGCUGUGUCAUCAGAGGUUUUAACCCAAAUGUCACAAUGGAUCAGUGAACAGCAGCUCUCUGUAGAAACUAUACUGUUUUAUCUGUCUAUGCAACAAGAACACACAGUGCCUUUCACUUUUAUACGUUGUAUAAAAGUAUAUUAUACUAAUUUACAUUUAUAUAUUUUUCCAUACAAGACAAUCAGGUCAUCAAACAUAUUCAGUUUCUAUGUUGCUCUUGUAUUGUUUGUGAAAAGCUUGUUUUCAUAUCGUUCUUCCUAUAUUGUUACAUACAUAUGGGUGACAAUUUAAAGGAAAAAACAGCGGUUUUGUUAUGCUUUGGGGACAUUUUGCUGGCAUGGUUGGUUUCACGUGUCCACUUAGAGGGAGGACUCACUGCAAAGCUAUACAAAGUUAUUCCAUCUGAUCACAUUUAUCCUAUGAUGAAUCAUUUCUAUCCUAUUUGAGAUGACCCUGUCUCCACCCACAGGGCACAGGGGUUCACUGAAUGGUUUGAAGAGUAUAAAAAAUAAUUUUUUACAGUCACCAGAUCACCUAAAGGAGAUUUUGGACCAAUAUGUUAAGACAGAAUUCUCUGCCACCAUCAUUAAACAUCAGCUAAGGAAAUAUGGGUUGGAAGAAUGAUGUUCAUCUCUCCAGUAUACUCUGGAGACUUUUAGAAAAUGUGACAAGGUGCACUGAAGCAGUUCUUGCAGCUUCUGUUGGCCUAGCAGCUUACUAAGACAUGUCAUGUUGGGGUUUUCCUUUAAUCUGUCACUCACCAAAUACAGAUAGUACAGUAAAAUCAUUUUCUUUGCAUCUUCCAGCUUGUUAGAAGCUGGGGUCAGGGUCAGGGGCUGCCAUGGUACAGCACCUUGGAGCAGACAGGGCUAGAGGUCUUGCUCAUGGGCCCAACAUUGGGAACUUGGUGGUGCUGUGAUUUAAACUUCUGAACUUCAAGCAUCUGAUCAGUAUCCCAGUACCUUAACCACUGAGCCACUACCAUCAAAUAAUUUCAAACAGCUGUUACUGUAACUGGUACAAAUGAUGUCCGUGACAACAAAUGGCCCAUUGCUGAUCUACACACCAUCAUAGAAUAACUGCAAUUAACUAAUCCAAGUCUGACUGCCAGGACACUGACACAAUUUACCCUUGAUGAGACAGUAGAUCAAAUCAGAGCUUACAACAGCGCACAAUAUGUUAAAUGUUUAAAUAAUAUACAUAACUCUUUAAUGGAGAACCAUCAAACUCUGAAUUUCACUAAGAAGCACCAAUAUUGUCCCACACAUUUUAAGUUUUAAAUUUUGCCAGUCACAUACGUUACAGUUUGGUUCCAUUCCUUUCACAGCUACCAAUCAUUGCAUAGAGAAGCUGGGCAUCUGGGUAGGAACAAAAUACAUCCACUGAUCAUCAGAUAUUAAGCACUCAGUAUGUGGCUCUUAGAGGCCUACUGAAGGCAUGUGUCCAGGUGAAUCUCUAUGACGUUUUAAUGCAAGUCUGUUGUUCAGGGUAUGUUGAUCUUUGCUCCAUUAAAGACACAAUGCUUGAUUACACCACAAGUUCCUAUUGAGGCAUUGCUUUAUAGAGGUUCUACGGGCUAUGACUCCACUGGCUUUCAUGUGGAUAAUGCAACAGAUUAAAUAUGAGUAAAUGGUGGCAAUGCAGAAGUUCCCACACUGUUAAAAAUUGUGGCAUUUAUAACAUCUGUCAAGACAAGUGGGUUUUAAUGUCAUUUCUUUAUAUAUAACUGGUAUACUGGUACACAUUGGAACAAAAUGUUUCUUCAGGACCAUAACACAGAUCAAUGCAGUAUCAUGGUAAAUAGGACUACAUAAAAUGUAAAUGAUACGAGUGCAACAAUGUAUGAUAAAUACACAGCAGAGUGCAUGUUAACUAGACAGGACAAGUAAACACUAUGAGAUGCAAUUAUGCAUUACACAGAUCUGAUACUAAACUGAUGCAGAGACAAUAAUAUCUGCAUGGAGAUACAUUAAAUCACGCAGGCUAGCCAAGGUCCAACUUCAUUCUGUUCAAGAACCUUAAGUAAGAUCAUGACAGAGUGUAUGACAGGAAAUGUCUUGUACCAACAUGUUAUGUGUAGAAUAUUGUUCAUCAAUAUUACAGUCCUGCUCAUGCACCUCCUUUGCUUAUUCAAAGAAAAACAUUUGAGUAUAGCACACAUAAGCAGCAAAAAUACUAAUAUUUCAUUAUUCUUAGUGUUGUGUUUUAGUUGUUAAACCUGCACAAUUAAGAGUUGAUCACGACACACUCAUGACAACAGGCCAUUACAUAAAAGAGCACCGAAGGGAUCUAAGCAAUGCUUUAGUUGUAGCAUUGUCCUUUAAAGCAGCGUUCCCUUUCUUGGAAAUGUAGUUCUGUUUCACCUUUCCCAACAGUCAUGGAGGGUGAGACUCACCUGGACACCUUCUUGUGUACAUAUGCACACACGCCAAAGCCAGAGUACCUCCUAUCCAUUACAUUGAGAUGUUACCCAUGGAUUAUGACAGAUUACAACAUUUCUGAAAAUGGUCUUUCUAUCCAUUCCUUCAAAUUGUAUAAUCCUACUUAUUUGAUUCUGAAAGACUUCUUGGUCUUUGCAGCUACUUCAGGAAGGAAACACAUUCCCCUUCCCAAGUGUUUUGUGACCGUUUUAAA